AUGCCCGCAGAUCCCUCGAAAGACCGUCUCCUAAUAACCUCUGCGUCUGGUAAACAAGCUGGCAAACUCCUCCCUCUACUCUCCGAAUGGCAGAACAUCCGCCUAGCCGUCCACUCCUCCUCCUCCAAAACCCGUCUCCAACAAGACUAUCCCCGUGCUGAAGUGAUCCAAGCCGACCUUUACUCCCCUUCAGACUGCGCCUCACUCCUCAAAAAUGUUACCACAGCCAUCCACAUAGGCCCCUCCUACCACCCCCACGAACCAGAAAUCGGCAAAAUGAUGAUUGACGCCGCCGUUGCCGCCUACUCUGAUGGCAACGGGGUGUUCAAGCAUUUCAUAUUGAGUAGUGUGUUGAACAGCCAGUUCAGUAAAAUGUUGAAUCAUGACUGUAAACGAGUCGUCGAGGAAUGGAUAAUGGAAUCUGGGAUUCCAUUCACCAUUCUUCAGCCGAGCACAUUUAUGGAUAACAUACCUGUCGCUAUGCUGGCACAACAGGAUAAACCGGUGUAUCCUGCCCUAUGGAGUACGGAAAAUAGGUUCUCGAUGCUUGCAUUGAGUGACUUGGCUGAAGUGUUCAAGGUUGUAGCGGAGGAACGGGAGAAGCAUUUUUAUGCGCAGUAUCCGCUUACGUCGACACAUCAGCCUAUCAGUUUUGGAGAGGCGUUGCGUGUCGUUGAGGGGAAGAUUGGUAAACAGAUGAUGGUCGAGAAGAAGGCGUUUGGGGACGCGGUGGAUGCUCUGCUAAAGAGGUUGUUUAAGCUUGAAGAUGCUGCGCAGGCGGAUAGGCGGAGUAGAGAUACUGCGGAAAGGAUGAUUUUGUUCUAUGAUGCGAGAGGGCUGGUGGGGAACAGCAAUGUGUUGGAGUGGGUGCUGGGGAGGGAUGCGUGUCAGUUUGAAGAGUUUGUUGAUCAGGCGGUUAGUGGCAAAGGAGAACAAAGCACGAGAUGA